AUGUUUCAAAAGCUCUGGGAACUCGGAAUCGAUUGGGACUGUGAACUACCAGAUGAUCUCAGCUCAGAGUGGGACACGUGGUGCCAAGAUAUUCCGAAGCUGAGCCUGCUACAUACGCAGCGGUGUCUCAUUCCCAUCAGCGAGCAGACUCGGUACACUAUCCAACUUCACGUUUUCACCGAUGCCAGUCCGCAUGCGUACGGAGCUGCUGUGUACCUGCCAGUGCGGACUGAGACUGGACAAGUGCACGUGAACCUCAUGCUUGCGAAGGCACGAGUAGCACCCAUCAAACGUCUCACGUUGCCACGACUUGAAUUAAUGGGGGCCCUGAUUGGAGCUAGGCUACUCAGCUACGGCAGAUGGAAGCCAUUUGUGAGCAACAGGGUUACUGAAAUCCAAGGCAUCACCGAUCCAGCGAGGUGGAGACAUUGUCCCGGCCACUGCAAUCCGGCCGACUUGGUAACAAGAGGCAUCACAGCUGAAAUCUGUGUUUCGAGCUCGUUGUGGUGGAGAGGACCGGAAUGGCUGCAGCGAGAAGAGGUAUGCUGGCCGGAGCCUUACGUUCACACGGCCCCUGACGACAGAGCACCGAAAGUUGUCGAUGAAGAACGAGCGGGAGCGUCCUCACCACCACCUUAUCUUAUAUUGGGUGUGGCAGAUAUUGAAGGCCGUCUACUGCAACUUGAGCGCUUCAGCAAGCUAUCAAGGGUAUUGAGAGUGACCGCAUGGGUCAUGAGGUUUGUGGCGAAAUGCCGCCGAACUGAGGACACACCGACCGGACCACUCACCGCCGAAGAAAUAAGAGCAGCGGAGACGUACUGGAUACGUCGCACGCAAGAUGAACAAUACCAACCGGAAAUUCACGCACUCAGUAAGCAGCGCUCAGUUAGACCUGAAUCAGAGCUGUUCCAGAUCAACCCCUUCCUCGACGACCGGGGAAUGUUGCGAGUGACAGGACGACUCCAACAAGGACCUGGAACCAGCAGUUCGGCACCCCAUCAUUCUACCUCCACGACAUGGCUUCACGGAGCUCGUGAUUCAGAGCGCACACUUGCGCAUUUUGCACGGAGGAGUGUUGGAAACUAUGACAGAGCUAAGAGAAAUGUAUUGGAUACCUAG